AUGUCAUCAUCAUCAUCGACUCCAGUGGAAAUUGUCACCACUGGCUGCACAAGCAAGACCAUCUCCAGCAUCAAUGGAGGCCAUGACAUCAUUGGACUUUGCAAACUUCUGACACCAUGUUCAACUCUUGCUGCUUCGCAUGGACUCAAUGUUGAGAGUCUCCAUUUGAAGGUGGAGAGGGUCAUUGCAGGCUUUGCAAGGCUUCCCAGACUGACUAUCAUGAGUCACAGGCUGAUCACAUUCCUCCACAGCACAAACCAACUCCAGAUGCUUGUGUGCAGGGUCGAUAGAGCAGUACUAAUGGCAAUUGUUGGCAAGGGGGUUGGUGCAUUGUGGGACAGCACUGCAUGGAUGCCCCACAGUGACACUGUCAGUGACAACAACCUCUGUGUGGCUAAAUGUCCUAUCAGGCAUCUCAAACACCCACAGGCAGCCAUAGCAGGCAUGUGGAAGCUCCUCCUGUCCAUGAGUGAUGAUGCGCUCGGUGUGCUCACACAUGGCAUGCAUGAACUGGUCUUUUGCUCUCCUCUGUGA